AUGACUACUCUUCAGGUGCGUUCCAUACGCAAAUUCCUCCGAGCAACUCGGUUGGCUGCAUUUACUCGCCUGGUCGUCAAUGUCGCCGGUUAUCUGCGUCCCUCAUUAAUCGCUUCCGGCUACAAUGCUCUUCGACAAGCCAGUCCUUCUGACCUGCUUUUCGGACUGCUUGGCCUGCAGAUUGGUCUCAUCAUUGGCCUCUUGCGUCUCAGCUGGGCCGGACUCUGUCUUCUCGUGCGUCUUUUCAUCGCCAUGGCAUCGACCUCCACCUCUUCGUCCAUCCAUAGCUCGAGUCCAUUUGACGGAAGACACUCUUCUAGCCCACUUGGCUUCACCGCCGGUGCGCAGACAGCCGCAGGAAUGUCAGGCUUAGGCGGCGUCGGUGUCUGUGGCGCCCCGGCUGGCGCCAAUCCGCCCGGGGGCUUAGGCACGUCGGGAACCGGCUCCGUCGCCGGUACCGGUCUAAUCGGUCAAGUUUCCGGCAUCACAACUCUCCCUUCGAUUGGCGUCAUGACGGGAGGUCUGAUGUCAACUGGAACUGGGGGUCUGUCUUCCGCCGGAAGCGGUGAAAUCGGCCUUUCCGCGUCCGGUGUCUCGGGGGCGGCAGCCUCGAGUACGGCUGGAGGCACUUGUAUUGGCUCCUCCGGAGUUGCCAUGGCGACAUCCACUUCUGGCGCUGUGAUGACGGCAGCCGGUGGAGCUUUGCUCCCCCCAAGUGACGCGGCUUCGGCCGCUUCGGCUGUUGGGCACAGAUCUGCGACUGCCUCAAGACUGGAAAUACUUUGUCGGCCCGCUUUCGCCUCUUUGAUGGAGCGUCGGGUGUCUGGAGAACUGCCUAACACCCUCCAGGCGAGUUUUCACUAUGGCAGGAUGGAACUUGCUAUUGUAUGCUUUUUGUUUUACUAUUUCUGUCAUCAUCAUCUGCAUAUCCAGUGA